ACCCGUGACUUGUCGCUUUGGGUGGAAGACAUUUGCCAUUACAAUAAGGCCCGAUCUCUAGCACUCCUAAAGACAGCUAAGGGUGCGAAGAUAUAUAGUGCUGUUGUAGCUGCUAUAGCUGAUGGUCAUCCUCUAAAAGAGGGGGAAGAAAAGGUCAAGAUGCACACUCAUUCCUACUGUUGUUUGGAUUAUGCUCAGAUCUAUGACGUCGUCAGGUACAGAUUGCACCGUAUGAAGAAAAAACUGAAAGAUGAAUUGGACAACAAGAAUACAGUUCAGGAGUAUAUAUGCCCCAACUGUGGGAAAAGGUACACUGCAUCAUUACAGUUGAUUUCUAUGGAGGAUGAAUUUUUUCAUUGUGAAAGUUGUAAUGGAGAACUUGUGGCUGAGAGUGACAAGUUAGCUGCUCAAGAAGGAGGAGAUGGAGAUGACAAUGCAAGAAGGCGAAGGUGUGAAAAGUUAAAGGACAUGCUUCAAAACUUUUAGUAUUUCAACCAAUAUUACUUAACAUUGUUAG